AUGGGGAAGCUCAAGAAGGGAAGAAAGAACCAGAAGGCCAGGGUCAAUCCCAUGGCGCUGAAGACGCCGCAGCUCACAAAGAAGGAUGAAAGCACGCGGCAUUCCAAGAUUGUCCCCCUCAUCAACAAACUUCGAUCUUCAAUCCCCAACGAUAAAUCCAUGGCCCUAAGCGCUAUAACGGUGCUUGUGGAGGACGAGCGAAUGAGACACCUUUUGCUCAAGGAGAAAUUGGUCGCGGUGGUGAUGGAGACGUGUUUGAACGAUUCACAUGACGAAAUCGCGUUGGAUGCGUUUGGGCUAUUGCGGAACAUCGCCAUUGAAGAAGGCGCGGACGUGGCCAAGCAUUUGUGGAGGCUAGGGGUGUGGACCAGUGUCGAGGCUGCGCUCAACAAGAUCAACGAGUCGUUCAAGUUUUUGAGUAACGAGAAGGAACACAAGAGCGCCGUGGCGAAAGUGCAACUAUUGUUUGACUUUUGUGAAAACAUCAUGAGUCUAGUUGUUGUGCUUGCGAGCGCAGACGAUUCGAUCUACGACGCCGUGUUUGCACGCAUUGAUCCGAUUUUGGAUCUCGUGUUGCGGCUAGUCAACGGUCACACGCAUGGCCAGUUGGUGCUAUCGACCAAGCUUUUCAACACUUUGCUCGAGCUUUUAUAUGAGUUUUGCGUCGAGUCGACCGAGUUUAUCGAGAAACUUGGCCAAUAUCAAGAGGAGUGGGACCAGUUGAACUCGCUUGUUGAAGACGCGGGAUACAAGAAUAACUCGGCCAAGAUUUAUCUCGAAGGAAUCAAGUUCUGCAAGUAUGAUGCGCUAUCUAGCCACGAUGAGAGGAAACAAGAAAAGUUGGGCCAGACCAUGAAAAACAUAUUUGCAAUCUCGACCAGCGUCGACUUGGAGCAAGUCUUGACGCGAAUUGACCAAAUUGAAAACCCAGAUAAUGCGCAGCACGUGAUUAAAAAAGAUGCAGAGCUGAUUGAACAGGACUUGAACUCGUCCAAUAAGGCCAAGCUGGAAGUGGAAAGCGAUUUGUCGGUCAUUGAAACGGGGUUGACCAUCCUCACCACCGUGUUGGAGUCGUUGUCGGAGAAUGAGACUGAGCCGGGCGAACCCGUGCAAUUGCCUUGUUCCGUAGAGGAAAUAAUUUUGCGGGAGAUAUAUCCCAUGUUGACCGAGUUGCUCAAAGUUGAACUAGACAAUCCGAGCUUGCAGCUAGAGGACCAGAUUCUAGCAGCAUUGAACAACCUCAGUUGGUUGCUCUUGAGCACGGCCAAUAUCCCCGUGGCGUGGUAUGAGCAAUCGCUCGCCUUGUGGGACCUCACGUUGCGGGCGAUGCAGAGACACUUGCGCAAGUCGAGCUUGGGCAUCCUAUGGGCCAUUUUGAAGAGCCAUGGGCCUGAGAUGGCUGAGAAAAAAAUGCCGCACGACUUGAUUGAGCAGUUGUUGCAGGUGCCACUAGCAGAGGAAUACUACGACUUGUUCCCCGGGGUCAUUGGUGUUUUGGGGACUGUUGCUGUUGUCAUUGCAAACACCGAGAUAACCUAUCUCAUCUCGCAAAAGCUUAUAAGUUCAAUCACGGCAGCGUGUGAUAUUCGCAACGAGACGAUUGCUGUUGAGGUUAUUGUUGAGUCGUUUAACCUUUUCUUUGAUAUCUUUGGAGACAUGAAUUUCCCGUACGACCACGAGAUCUUUGUCGAGAAGGACUAUUUGUCGUGGUUGAAGAGCAUCGAGCCGAGAAUCAAGGAAGUGUACAAGAAAACAGACAAGAACAAGCAGCCGACAAAUAAGUUGAGGAUGGAGGAAACAUGGAACAAUCUCGAGAGGUUUAUCGAGUACAAGCAGCACGAACGUGGCGGAUGA